CACCACACUCACCACUCUCACCAUCCUCACCACACUCACCACUCUCACCAUCCUCACCACUCUCGCCACUCUCACCAUCCUCACCACACUCACCACUCUCACCACACUCACCACUCUCACCAUCUUCGCCACUCUCGCUACUCUCACCACACUCACCAUCCUCACCAUCCUCACCACUCUCACCACUCUCGCCACUCUCACCAUCCUCACCACUCUCUCCACUCUCGCCACUCUCGCCGUUCACAUUCGCGGGUGACAGCGGCGCAGAGAGCGGGCAGCGCACAGCCAGCAUCGUGCAGAGAUGAACGGCGGUGCCUUCGCGGCCUGAUCAUCGGCUGCGUCCCGAGGCUUUCGAUCCUGCUUCGUCUCGGCGUUCCGGGGAACAUUUGAGGGACGGUGGAUUUCCGUUGAAGAGGAUUAACCUAUAUUAUAUUUAUAUAUGAAAAUGCAGGCGAGGGAGCUACAGUUAUGAAGCUGCCGCGUUUAAUCGAUCGACCUGCCAUCCCUUGAGCCACCACAAUUGAGCUGCGGCGUUGAUUCGUCCGAAGGAAUCGUGGGCCGAUGCGGCUCGGGAGGAGGUCGCUCCGUCGGUGAGCCAAGUUCUGCCGCUGCCGAGCCGCCAAAAACCUCCACGAUGCGCAGGAUGCUGCCGACGCCGGACCCGGGCACCGUUCGGUCGCACGAGCAGCCGAGCAGCGCCGCGGUGAGGGCGCGAGCGCAUGGCGACGCCGCCGCCGUCUCGUGCGACCACGACCGGGAGUUCUCCAUCACUGAGACAAACUUUGCGGAGGGUGGACUGAAGCUCAAGAUACAGAGCAUGCGGCGUGGUGCCAAGCGGCAGCAGCAGCAGCAGCAGCAGACGGAAUUGAAUGGACUGCGCCCCACCGCCACCACCGACGCCACUACCGCCGUCGCCGCCCAGCCGGCCAUCAGGAUAACCAUAAGGCCUGGCGAGACGCACGGAAAAGCUCAAGUGGCCCGGCAGAGUGAGAGGUUCUCCAAGAAGAAGAACGAUCACCAGUUUCACAAUAACCACAACAACCACCACAACAUCAUCAUCAAGCAGCAGGCCGAGGAGACCAGGCUGCAGUGCCUCCACGUCUCACGACAACAGCAGCAGCAGCAGGAGGAGGUGGAGGAGGUGGAGGAGGUGGAGGACAUCCGCAGAGAGCAGCAGGGGCCAGGCGUGGGAGGUGUCGCUGCGGAAGAGCCGCUGAGCCGGGCGGUGGACAAACCGCAAGGUGGCUUCUCCCCGGCGGUGAGAGGGGGCGCCCCGGGGAGCGAGGCGGGCGCAGAUGACGACUCGGCGGCAUUCGGCGCCGUGAGGGCGGCAUCGGCGACCGCCACCUUCCGGCCGAGCGCCGGCGCCGGUGGCGAGAGGAGCAGAACAGCGAGGUCCAGAAGAGCGAGCGGCGCGGCGCCAGGUGAUGGUGGCAGGCAGCGGGCGAUGGACGAAUACUUCCAGCGAGAGUUUGGCUGCGUGCCGUCCGUGUCGCCCGCCGACCUGGGCGCGGCGGCGGCCGACCGCUGCUCGGCAUUCGCCGGCGAGGACGGCGGCGCCGACGAGGAGGAGGAGGAGGGCGCCGCCUCCGAGGACAAGCUGGGCUCCAUCGAGCUGAGCGCCGACAUCAUCAACAAUGGCUUCCACAGCAAGGCCUACGGCGCCGUGGCCUCCGAGUCGACGGACGACUGCAGCACGCUCGAUCCAUCCGAGCUGCGCCUGGACGAGGACAUCGGCGAGAUGGAGGAGUUCGCCAGCCACUUCCGGCCCACCGCCCGGCGGCAAGGCAACAACAACAACAACGACGACGACGACGAGGAGGGGGAGGGGCUCGGGGGCUUCCUGGAGAACGACGAGGAGGAGUCGGGUUGCGUUCCGGCCGACCUGGCCGCCCUGGGAGUCGGGGACGACGUGGGGGAUGUUGGGCUGGUGGAGCGGGGUGUCGUGUACGCUCCGGAGGAUUUCUGCGUCUCCCCGUGCGCCUCCACGUUCUCGGGUUCCGUGUCGGCGGCAAGCCCGCUCUCCUCGCCGCUCUACCUGAGCCCUCGUUGCCCUGUCGGCUCGCUGGAGGACAACGCCUCAGUCGCGGACCAAUCUGCGGAUUCGUUUCUGUACGAGGACCGUCGCCCGGCGCGCGACUGCGGCUACGAGGAGUUCGAACGCAGCCUGGAGAACGUCCUGGAGGGCAAGCCGCUAGCGGGAGUCGGAGGGGACGUUGCUCCUCCGUGCCCCGAAGCGGAGAUUCUCGCGUGCGGCCCGACGGCGAUGGUGGAAGCCGUAGAGAAUGCGACGGCGGCGUUGCCGUCAGAGACGAGUUGCCCAGAGGAAGGGGAGACCCCGGCCCGGUUGACCCCUCAAAGCACGAGCCCCUUGGCUGCGCUCGUGGAGUCGACCUUUGACCCCGUGGGGGCGGAGUCUCCCGAGCCGGGAGACCCGCGCGUGGUGGCCAAGAAGAAGAAGCGGCGGCAGCCGAGGGGCAAGAAAAGUAAGAAGCUCGCGGGGGCGAGCCGCCACGUCUCGCCAUCUGCGGAAGCGGUCGAGUGCGAGGGAAGCGGCUCGCCCGUCGCCAUCGAUGCCAGGGGCUCGCCGAGAAGUUCACCAGCAGACGGAGUCGCUGCCGCCGCCGCUGUCGCCGCCGCCGCUGCCGCCGCCACCACGCCGGACGCAGUGGAAAGCGACGACGAGGAGUCGGCGUCCGCCGUCGUUUCCAACGCCGUCUCGCCGAGCGACGGCACGACGGGAGAGCCGCGACAAGCGGCAUUCGCGAAGGAGGAGCGCUCGGUUUCUAUUCCGACCGUGUUGCCUGGCGGUCCCCAAAAGCCUGCGGACAAAAUCAAGAAGAGCUCAAAAUCCAGACUGAGAAGUCUCAAUGAGCGCAGGAUUAAACUCGGCCACUUGAACCGCAAAAGCAAAAUGCUCCGUGUGGAAGCGAUGAAGCAGCUGCAGGUGGAGAGUGCUCUACCCGGGGCGAAGGAUGCGGACGAAGCGUCAUGCGGCUCUUCUCCACGCCAGCCCAGCGCGCUGUUCUCGCCGCUCUACACAAACGUGUCCAGUUUGACCGUGCAGGUGCCCGAGAAGAAGAGACGGGGGCGACCUAGGAAGGAGCUCUCAUUCGGCGGCGGUGGCGGCGCAUUGAAGUGUCGCGCUCGCGCCGAAGAUGACGAUGCCUUCGGCUGCACGGAUGGGUUCGGCCGCGGUUGCGUUCGUAUUUUCUCCGCGUCAGAAAUCACAACCGAGAGCGACGAACUCCUCCCGGCCGAUGGGACUUGGGGGCCUGGCGCCGUCCCCGGCGACGAGCCCCGACCGAGCACCAAGAGGCCGACCGAUCGCAAGUUCCUCAAGAAGAUCAACAAAAUGAAAGGACUCAAGAGGGAGAGGAUUCUCAGCCAGAUCUUCUCCGGCUCGAAGGGCGGCCCGCACGGCGCUACCGAUGUCAGCCGCGAGGCCGACCGACCGACGAUCAUCGCCGCCACCGCCCCCCCCAAGGUCAAGAAGAGGCAGCAGAUUCACGUGAGCAAGAAGGGCACCAUUUACGUCGGCAAGAAGAGGGGCAGGAAACCGAAGGCGCCGUCAGAGGCCCCGGGCACGGCCGCUGCCGCGCCGCAACCCAGGCCACCGCCGCCGCCGCAGUCAUCAUCCUCGUCGCAUCCUCAGUCGUCGCCGUCAAGUUUCCACGCGUCGGCGUCGCCGUUCUCGCUCCCGUCGCCCGCGACGACGCAAGCGCCGGGCUUUAGCGGCGGCCUGGAGAGCCCGGCGAGCGACGCGGGGGGCUACCCGGCCGUGUCGCUCCUGCCUGGGCCCCGUCCGAGCCGCAUCCUGCCGACCAAGGCCAUGCUCAAGUUCUCCGGCGAGAGGCCCAAUUUCUCGCCGCCGCUCCCCACGUCUCCAUCGCACUGCUCCGAGAUCUCCCUGCUCAAGGAGGCGACGCCGUCUCCCAUCAGCGAGUCGCACAGCGAGGAAACCAUCCCCAGCGACAGCGGCAUCGGCACAGACAACAACAGCGUGUCGGGGCGCGCCGACAAGCGGGACAGCCUCCGCACGGCGUCGGCCGCUGUCGUCGCGGCCGCCGUGACUGCGGUGGCCGCUCGCGGCACCGCUCGACGACCGGGCUCCUUCGUUUCUUCCGCGUCGCCCUCGGAUGCCGUCGCCGGCCUGGCCCGUCCGUCGCCGCCGCCGCUCGGGGAGAGUCUGCGACGCCGGCGCAGGAGCGGCGCUUUCCGGCAGGACAAGCCGAAGAGGCCGAGGCAGCACAAGCGGCGCAAGAAAGGGCAGGACCCCGGCUUUCUGGCCGAGCUGGAGGAGCUGACGCGGCUGCUGGCGCGGUGCCGCAUCGGCGGGCGCUUGCGCCGCCGUGACGCCGAGCCGCGCCACCGCCGCCUGCCCAGCAUCUUCUGCGUGAACUUCCCGACGCCGCGUGCGCCGCCGCCGUCCCCGUGCUACUACGGUUCGGCGCCGGCGUUCCGCGUGGACAACGAGGCGAGGUCCAGGAAGCGGCGGCGCGGGAGGCCUCCCAAGGCGCCCGACAAUGUCCCCGUGACGACGCACGGCGCCGGGAGCUACGGUUCCGUGCCCGGCGGCGUUUACUACGGCCCCUACGGCCUGCCGUACGGCUCCUUGGCCGUUCCGGCGGCAGCGGCCGGCGGGGUGAACCUGAGCUGCUGCUACGGUUCGUUCGGAACGUCGGCAUACCCCGCGGCUCAGCCCCACGGCGCCGGCCGGGCGGCGCCACCGCUGCCGCCGCUCCCGCCGCUCCUGCCGCUCCCGCCGGCCGCACGCGACUCCGGGACCUCCCCCUUGCCGUCCAGAGUGGAGAAGCAUUGGUGCCGCGAGUGGAAGACGCACCACCAGCAGCAGCAGCGGCAGCGGCAGCACAGGGCGGGGCACGCGCUGGCGCCCGAUGGAUGGCGCGCGCCGUUCCACUCGGUGGGGAGAACUCGCGCGAUUCACCGUCGGGGCGAUGACGUCGACACGAAGUUUAAGUGUGAGUGUGGCCGUAAGCAUCGCGAGCGCGGGAAGGCCAAGCGGCGGCAGCGGCGGCAGCGGCGGCAACACUCGCUCGGUGCCCGCGUGCCGUCGGCCGAGCCGACGCUCCCGGGCAGGAGCCCGGCGCCCGUGGGAGGCGAGCCCGGGCCGGCGGCCGCGGGCGUCGGGUGGGAACGGAGCGAGAAGCGUCCGCCUUGGAACCGUGCGGACGCCGGGGCGUGCCGAUCGGCGAGCGCGUCGGCACGGGCGAACCGGGCGGCCUCCUGCGACGGGGCCGGCGACGCCUCUGACCCGCGGCGCCGCUCGGAGAAGAGGAGGAAGUCCUCCGCCUCGUCCUCCUCCGCCUCGUCCUCCUCCCGCUCCUCGUCGUUGCGGGAGCGGACCUUCGCGCCGCCGGAAAGGACGGCGGCCGCGGUGGCGGCGGCCGGGCUCUUGGGGGACGCCAGGAGAGACCGGUCGCUCGCCGCCGCCGCGGUUGCGUUCCGGCAGGGAGAGCGGCCGAGGACGGCGGACGCGUCGCCCCGAGCAGAUGACCGCGCGAGACCGGAGGCGGCGCACCGGGCAAAGUGGAUUGACGACGCAAGCGGCCAAACCUGGCGACCCGGCAAAUUCGACCGCCCGGCCCUAACCCUGACCCGGCCGCACGGCCUCGGCCUCGGCCUCGGUCACAUCGGCCAGACCCAGCUCCCCAUCCACGGGGCGCACCGGCGAGGCCACAGGGGCCGCGGGCGGCCGCCGAAGGCCCACGAAGACGUCUCCCCGGCGGCCGCGGCGGCCACGGCGGCCACGGCGGUGGCAGCGCCCAGGGACGAAGAUCCGACGUCCGUGGCAUCCGCCUCGAGGGGACGUCUCCCCCCUGCAGGGGACACGGACGACUCUGAAGGGACGAGCGGCAUUUCGGACUCGAUCGAGCGCGUGGUGCGGAGGGCGGUGCUGCAGUGCCGCUCCCUGCCGCCCUACCGAGGGGAGCCUGCGCCCGAUAACGAGCGGGCCGGGAGGAAGCGAAAAGUCGCGGCCGCGGUCCACAGCCACCAAGGAAGGACUGCGAUUCUGCAUCCUCAUCCGUGUGAGAGAACGGACCCAAAGUCGCACUUACCGUUCAAACGGAGGGAGGACAAACUUAGACUGGUCACGCAGGAGCACUGACCGGGGGAAGGUUUCGAGGCCUCCUGGCCUUGCGCGGUGGAUUUCGUGAGAAGUGAAACGGAAACGAGCACUUGAUGACGUGGGAGCGACUCCUGCCCAGGAUUUGCGCGGAUCCCAUUCCCUGUUGUCCUCGGGCGCGUCGCCACCGUCCCUGCGGAACUACAAAUGCAGCGGCUUGCAUUGUGGCCCUCUGUUCGGUCUGCGCAGAUGGUGAAGGGUGCGGGGGGGGGGGGGUCACGACCACGCAAACAGAAACCACGACGACGACGACCACAGCAUCGGCACUGUGGGUGCUGGUGCCACUCGCCCACCGUUUGCUGAUCAAUGCACUUGGAGGAUCUAGGAAGAGCAGCAGAGCACGGGGGAGUUUCAAACGUGUGAAGAAGGCUGCAGAGCGAGCGACGGCUCCCAGCUGUUGGACUGGAAAACACACGCUGAUGGCCACCUUACGGCACCAUUACAAAGGCAGCAUCAUCAUCAUCAUCAAUCGCCAUCAGUGCCAGCAAGACGCUCAUAUAAGUGUUUUGCACCCGUACCCUGUGGAAGUAGCGAUGUGAAGACGGACUGAGCGACGGACCGCGAGCGGACAGUGGCGUCUGCCGCCCUCCACUCGCUAUGGAGGUUGUCUGAGGAUGGGGGCAUAAAAGGUCCAGUCUUGCCUUAGUGACGCGUAUUUUAUAAUUGUUCAUAAUUGUUCAAUUGUUUAUAAUUGUUUAACGCUGUCCACGCAGAUCUUGGUGGAGAGAGCGAACGUCAACGGACGCAACGCGAGAUUUAAAACGGCAGCGGGUUUCUUUUUUUAAACGAACGUUGGCAGCUUUUUACGUAUUACAUAAAAAUAAAGAAUAUAUUUUGAAUCUGAUUUAACGAAUUGCGUGGAAACCAUGGACAAGUGAGUAACUUAUACUGUGGUCGUGCAUCUGUAGCAUUUGUCACGAGUAAGGUCCUGAGUUCCGUGUAGGUGCGCGAGGUUUUUUUGUUCGAUACAUUUUCGUAAGCGACAUUUUUCGCCGGCCAAGAAAAAUCGAGCGGUUCCAAACUCGGCUGAUUAUCGCUCUACUUGCACUGAAUUUUGUUCACUCUGUUUUUUUUUAUUUUGCAUUAAUAAAAUGUUGACCUUUUUAAACUCGCCAAAUGUAUUUCUAAUUUGCCGAGUUUAAGCCGAAACCAAAAACAGUCCAAUCGCUACAUCUGUGGCUUCAUAUCGGAGUGCAGGGUGUUGGGAUUCAUUGCUCACUACCGUGGUAGAG